AAACAACACCAAAUAUCCACAAGUUCAGUAUUUCUACUUCGCCUACUCCUGUAAACAACAGCUACUUGCAAAGUUAUUAGCUCAUUUUUUGUGGUCUAUUUGUUUUAAUUUAUAUUUCUUCCAAGGAAAAAAUGAGCAGACCAGGAGACUGGAAUUGCAGGUCAUGCCAACACUUGAACUUCCAAAGGAGAGACUCAUGCCAAAGAUGUGGUGAGCCAAGACACGGUGCUUCUCAUGACUUUGGAAGCUCGUGCUUUGGCGGAAGGGGAGGAGGCUCCUCCCCUUUCGGCGGCUUCAGCACCGGGCCUGAUGUAAGGCCCGGUGACUGGUACUGCAAUAUUGGAAAUUGCGGUGCCCACAACUUUGCUAGCCGCUCUAGCUGCUUCAAGUGUGGUGCUUUUAAGGAUGAAUCUUCUGGCGGCUGCAGUGGCUUUGAUGCUGAACACAUGAUGUCGUCGUCGCGCUCGAGGGGCUUUGGCUUUGGAGGUGCAAGUGGUGGCAGCCGCUCUGGAUGGAAGUCUGGUGACUGGAUUUGCACCAGGUUAGGCUGUAAUGAGCACAACUUUGCCAGCAGGAUGGAGUGUUUCAGAUGCAAUGCACCUAGGGACAUAGCUGGUAACCAGUCUUCAUAUUAAUUCAUCAUUGAUUCUCCAUUUUUGGUGUUGCAGUCUAAGAAAGAAUCAAGCUAGAAAGACGUGAAGAAGAAGAUGAUGAUAUCAGAAGAAUAUCUUCUCUUUUUGCCCUAUCAAAUCCUAUCUGCUCUCUUUCUUUUUUUCCUUUAAUAUUUUGAUAUUUAUAUUAUUCACUUGUAGGAAUCUUUAGAUGAAUUAUGGUCUCAAAGAAAAAGAAAAAAAAUAUUUCCGAGUGGAGCAGACUCUUUAUUUUGCGAGCUUUAUUAGGUACUUAAAUGUAGCCUUGUACUUCCAGCUGCUUGUUUCAAGCUUAGUAUUUAGUAUCAAUGUGUGUUAUGAAA